AAUAGAGAAUUAAAAAGAUACCUGGUUAUUUUCUCGCAAAAGUCUAGUACCCAUUCCCCGUUGCAACCUGUUUGAAAUUUACGUGCAAGCUGCCAAUGCAAGCUACGUCACCCGUCAACCUCACUGGUCAACCUGCACAUGGUUGUUUUCUACUUUCUAGUUUCUACUCAAACUUUUACUUCGCACUGAAGAAAUUGUUUAAAAAAAUACUUUCAUUUCGAAGCAAUGGGGCGACUUCGUCGUAAGCGAAUGCACAAGAAUAUAAAAGAUCAAAAGAAGAAAUACAGAACGAAACGAAGGACCAAAGACAUCGAUGAGAUUCAUAGGGAUUUAGAACCCGAAAAUUCGGCGAAACUCUUGUCUCGUUUUGACCCAGAAUUGCCUGGUUCAGGACAGCAUUAUUGCCUUCAGUGCGCACGUACUUUUGUGAACAAUGAUUCGUUAAGUAAACACAUGAAGUCAAAAAAUCACAAGAAAAGAUUGAAAGAACUGAUGGAGAAACCGUAUGAUCAUGAAGAAGCCGAAGCGGCUGGCGGUAAAGGAUCUUACGUCAUAACAUCAACGAGGCCACUAUUGCCUGACACAAAUAUGGACACAUUUAAUGAUUGAAAAUUGGAAGCAAUUUAAAGAUUUCACCAACUACUGUGAUUGUUGUCUUUCAUGGAAGAUUCAUGAAGGAAUGUCUGUGGUGAAAAGUUUUGGAGGUUAAAGUCGCGACGUGUACUUAUUAGGUGUUGAUAAAAUUCUGUUUGUGGUCCCAUCACCACCUGGGCUGAUUUCGUGUUUUGAUACUUCGCGUGAAUGCUGAACUCAAAACAUUGAGUAUUUAUUACAUAUUGUAUAAUAUAAUAGUUCCUGCUCUAUAUAUUAUAUUAAGUACAAUAUAAUAUAUGGAAAGGGAACACUAACCCACCAAUGGUAAAAGAACAGUUUUUUAAGCUGAAAGACACGAUGCAUUUUUGCAGACUACUCAUCAGGUAUCAACGUUGGCAAAAUAUGAGAACUUCGAAAUCAUGCGAUAUUUGUAAUGUUCAGAAAAGUUAACAUCUUCUCUUAGAUCAAAUUAAGAUGACGUUAACUUUUCCCUAACAUUAUAAAUAUCGCAUGAUUACGAAGUUCUCGUUUGGCAGACGUCGACACCCGAUGAGUAGUCGGCCGAAAGUCGGUUCUAAACAGUUCUUUUAAGAACUAUUACAUUAUUAUUUUGGACCAUUCACCACCACGACAAAGUCUCUAUUUUCAUAUAUAUAAAUUAUGAUAUGAACUGGGGCGUAAAUCGUGGGCGCUUUUGGGUUUACUCCUCGAAAAUUUCAUGCUAACGGUAUUGUUGGCAAGAAAGUUUUUUAGGAGCAUUGAAUUUGUCGCAAAUUUAAACUUUGUUUUUACGAUAUUUUCGACGAAAUCUUACGUAAAAGAGUGAUUUUGCUACUUAUAACACACAGGGCCUUUUAUUGGACAAAAUUUUUUGUCUGGCAAACUUAAUGCCACGCCUUUAUGUCGGGCAAGCUUAAAUCCCCAAGACCCGAGUUACGCCCCUGGACAUAAAUAGUAUAUUCAGUUACGAUAUAAAAUAUAUUAUGUAUAUUAAAACAAGAGAGUGUCAAGUAAUAUGAUAGUGAUCAUUAA